AUGGACAGUGGAGAUGAAUUUUUCUUCCACCACUUUAUUUAUUCAUCGGACGAUUCGUCGUCGGAUGAUGAAGAUCUUGUGGUGGCUGCACUGGUCGUUCACGACCACAUUGAACAGCAGCUUCCUCGGUACAGGGGGUCACUCCCUGGCCGUGCUCCGAACCUGGACCGCAAUAGGGAGAGAGGCCACGCCCUGCUCUAUGCCGAUUACUUUGCGAACACCACGCUUUUCAAGCCGGAUAAAUUCCGUCGCCGUUUUCAUAUGGCAAGGCAUCUGUUCAAUCGUAUCCGAAAGAGAGUGGUUGCUCAUGACCCAUACUUCGAGUGCAAGACGGAUGCCCUUGGCAAGCUUGGAUUCUCCUCUUACCAGAAAUGCACCGCGGCCAUCCGCAUGCUUGCAUAUGGAAUUCCAGGCGAUCUGGUGGAUGAGUAUGUGCGUAUAAGUGAGACCACAUGUCUGAUGUCACUGUACAAGUUCAAUCCCGAUGGGGCAUCGUUCGAAACCCUGCACUGUCUUGGGAUGAAGGGAAGCUUUGGGAGGUGA